CCUCAUUCCCAAAGAUAAAGAUAGAGCACCUAUACAUUUAAAAUGUUAUCUUGUGUAUAAAAAUAUUAAAUGAAUACAAAUAGCAUAAAUAAAUAUAAUAAAACUAUAUUCCCAUUUAUUAAAAGUAUAAAAAACAAUAACUAAAUUCAUAAGUGCGUAAAAUAGAGCACAAAGUAACUAAUAAAAAAACUAAUUGGAUAAACUUUUAGUCAAAAAAACUCUCCAAAAAGCCUCUUCAGUAAAAGGCAGAACGAUACAAAAAAGAAUAGAAAAUAAAAUAAUGAAAGAAACAUUUUAAUUUUCUAAAGGAAUUCUUAUUUCUUAGAUAUCUGAUUUUAUAAGCAAAUAUGAUAAAAUAAAAUGAAACAAAAAGCUUAUUAUAAAUAAAAUUAUUAUUUUCAAUAUUUAUUGUCUUCUUAUGUUGAAUUCACCUGCAAUAUAAUAUAAAUAUGUAUGAUUAUUUGGCAAUACACAAAGUAUAAAUAAUAAUGGAAUUAUUGUCAAAUUUAAAAAUAUAUACAUUAUUAAAUCUAAUAAACCUGAAUUCAAAAAUAUCAAGAAUAUUAUAUGGGUUAUUGUUGGGAGACACAUAGCAAAUAUAACGAAU